UAAGCCACGUUGACCUAGACAGAAAAGUUUCUGAAGUAAAAAAUAAAAAAAUUACCAACGUUGGCUGGGUAAAAGUUUGUAGUAGCUGAUGACUGACAAGUAUUUUAUAGAGAGGUGGAAAGAUCAAUCGUGGGAGAGAAUACUGGAUUGCUGUAUGAUUUUUUUUUACAUUUUAAUAUAAUACGUAUCGUGUGCAAUGAACCCGAGGCCUAAAUAUUCAGACGUUUUACAUAAGAAUACCGUGGCUGAAUUGGACAAACUAGAUUCUAGUUCAUAACUGGCGGCAAAACUCGCGCUAAAACUCGCGGCCGCGACUUAUAACUAGCGGCCGCGACUUAUAACUAGCGGCCGCGUGUUUUGCCGCCAGUUGUAUUUUUUCUGGUCCUGAUUUUAAUACGUGUUGUUGUAAAAACUUUCGGCACAACUCGCGACCGCUACUUAUAACUAGCGGCCGCGACUUAUAACUAGCGGCCGCAACUUGUAACUAGCGGCCGCGUGUUUUUCCGCCAGUUGUGCUUUUCCGGUCCCGAAUUUAAUACGUGUUUUUUUUUAAAAACUUUUGGUGCAACUAGCGGCCGCGACUUUAUGAAAAUUGAGAACAUGCCUAAAUAAAAAAUAGUGUUCAGUAUCAGCCACUAUUCAUUCAAGUAGGUAUGUCUGACAAAUUUCUUCCUUCGACACAUCCUGGCACAUUGCAGGAACUUGUUUGUUAUUACCAUGGCAUACAUUCUAAACUUAAAUACAAGGAUAUAUGUUCCAUAAUUGUUAGUCAUCACAAGAAGAAUGUUUCCAUGUCUCAAAUGAAAGCUAUAUUGAAGAGCAAUGGAUUGAACAGAAAAAAAAAUGUGUCUGAAAACAUUCUAAAGGGUGUCAUUGAAAAUGAAUUGCAAACAUCAUUGUCUAAAGUUGGAUACCGUCAAAUGACCGAAAAUGUCUGCAUGAAAUAUGGAUUUUGUGUGUCAAAAGAAGAUGUACGUCGGGCUAUUAAAGAAGUUGACCCGGAAGGCGUGGAGAGUCGAAAAUAUAAUACAAUCAAAAGAAGAACAUACUGGUCUCUUGGUCCCGGCGAUGUAUACCAUCUGGACGGAAAUUAUAAGUUGAAGAGAUGGGGGUUUUGCAUUCACGGAUGUGUGGAUGGAUUCAGCAGGAAGUUUUUGUGGCUGGUCGUUGCGUCUUCAAAUAAUGACCCGCUAAUUAUUGGUAAUUAUUAUCUGCAAUGUAUCAACCACUAUAAGUUUUGUCCUCGAUUACUGCGAUCUCUUUGAACAAUAAUGUGGCGUGGAGACAUUUGGAUCAACCGUUUAAAUUUAAACCGUUCCAACGCACACUUCAAAAAAUCCAUUUCACUCACAUCUUUCUCUUCAACAUUGUUUUGAUUUAAUUCAAAAUCAGCUGGAAUAUCAUUUGCCAAAAAGCGGUCAACUUCAUCAUCACCAAAAACUUCAGAGUUAAUUUCAUUACUUGUUUGACACACUGGUGGUUGGUUAAGACUAGGAGACCCUAUGGAAUGUCUAAAUCUUAUAGGGCGUUGCACAUAUCUUAAAGAAAAAUGACUUAUUCUAGCUUCUCGUAAUGCGGCAUUGUUUUCAGGAUGGAUUUCGGGUUCUUCCUCAACAUCCCCUUCUUCUGCAACUAUUUCAUCUUCAACAACAAUAACACUGUUGCUAUGAUCUUCCAAGUGAGAAUGUGUUUCUCGAUUCUGCUUUUCUUGGUCUGCUGAUAAACUAGCCUGAUACUCCAAAUUCUGCUCACAUCGAAUACAGCUAAUAUACGUACAGGAGCAAACUUGACA